CGAGAGGGAAGGGGAAGAGAGGCGGAGGGAAACAAAAAUAACGUGUCAAUAAUCAAAAUUUUCGAUCGAAAGAUUUCAGCAAAUUCUCCUAAAAAAAAUCAUCAUUAAAUCCAUAUAGCCUUUCAAUAACCGCUGCUUGGUUCUCUUCGUCAAUCCAAUCUCAACGGCCUCAGGUUCGAGCAGAACGGCGGCAAAUUUAGGGUUUCGGUCGCUGAUUCUCAGAAACACGGAAGCUUUUCUUCGAAAUUGUCCUCAUUUCAAAGGUUUUAUUGUUUAUUAGGUCGAAAAUGGUUUAAUUUGAGAGCUUUCCGGGGAUUUGAGGCGUUUUUAGAUUGAGAGAUCCUACGGUAUCUUGCGAGGGAUUGAGCUGUUAUUUGAGUUUAGGGGCCUGAAUUCGUGAUUCCAUUGAAAUGCAGCUUAGCGACGUACAUUUCCAUAUAUCUCAUGAUUUUCGUUUGGGAUCUUGGUGCUAAUGCAUGCAUUUAAACCAUGGUACAGUUUGAGAUGAAUCAGUGACUUGCAAUCUAUUUGGGAUUCUCCCGUAAAUUCUGAUGGGAUAAAUGAAAGAUUUUGAAUUAGUGAAUAUCGAGAAUAUCUUCUUAAGGUCUUCAUAUUGUGUGGAUGUCGUUCGGCACACAUGGGAUGCUGGAGUUUGGAGCAGGGAUGGGUGAUCCUCUAAGAACUACUCCCCUUGAGAGGGAUGUUGAACAGGUAAUUACAGCUCUAAAGAAAGGGGCGCGGUUACUCAAGUAUGGUCGCAGAGGGAAGCCAAAAUUUUGCCCUUUUAGACUUUCUGUUGAUGAAACUGCAUUGAUUUGGUAUGUAGGAAAAUCUGAGAAACAACUUAUACUAAAUCAGGUUUCUAAGAUCAUACCUGGGCAGCGUACUGCCAUAUUUCAGCGGUAUCCACAGCCUGACAAAGACUACCAAUCAUUUUCCCUUCUAUACAAGGACAGGUCCUUAGAUCUGAUAUGCAAGGACAAGGAAGAAGCCGAAGUUUGGUUUGUGGGUUUGAAGUCAUUGAUUCCGGGUGGAAAUUAUCGAAAGAGAUUUGAACCUGAAGUAGACAGAACUUCUGACGCAAAUGGACAUAAUACACAGAUAUCCAUAAAGGGUGAUCUCUCUCAUCAGGAUCCUGGAGACAUUGAGGGCGUUCCAGUUCCUUUUGAAAACCAACCAAUUAAUGGAACUGGAAAGCUACUUUCUGAUGAGGCCUUUUGUACUGCACCUAAAUCUUCCUUUUCAUCUGGAGGUGCGGAAAAUUCAAACGGGCGAAGCUCGGGUGCUGAAAAUAUCAGAGUUAGUGCCUCUAGUGCUGUAAGCUCAUCUAGCCAUGGUUCAUGUUUUGAGGACUUUGAUGGCUUAAGUGAUGUAUUUAUCUGGGGGGAAGUCCCAGGUGAUGGAGCUCCUGGUGACAAUCUUCAUAAGGCUGGAAUUCCAUUUUGUGCGAAGCAAGAUUCACACAUUCCAAAACAAUUGCAAGCAACAUUUCUUCUUGAUGUUCAGCAUGUAUCUUGUGGUAAUAAGUAUGUUGCACUGGUUACCAAAAAUGGUGAGGUUUACAGUUGGGGUGAGGAAUCAGGAGGCAGGCUUGGACACGGCGUAGAUGCUUAUGUUUCCCAUCCGAAAGUUAUUAAAUCGUUGGCUGAUAUGAAUAUUCAACUUGUGGCAUGUGGUGAGUAUCAUACUUGCGCUAUAACUUUGUCUGGGGAUCUUUAUACAUGGGGUGAUGGCAUUCAUAAUUCUGGUCUACUUGGUCAUGGGACUGAAGCUAGUCAUUGGAUUCCUAAGCUAGUAGUUGGUCCAUUAGAGGGUCUACCUGUGUCCUCAGUAUCCUGUGGACCAUGGCAUACAGCAAUUAUAACAUCUGGAGGUCAGCUUUUUACCUUUGGUGAUGGAACGUUUGGUGCUCUGGGCCAUGGAGAUUAUAGAAGCACAAAUAUUCCAAGAGAAGUGGAGGCUUUCAGAGGGUUGUGCACAGUUAGGGCAGCUUGUGGUGUUUGGCAUACUGCUGCAAUUGUAGAAAUCAGUGUUGAGAUUACAGAUUCUGAUAACUUUGCAUCUGGCAGAUUAUUCACCUGGGGAAAUGGGGACAAAGGUCAACUUGGACAUGGCGACCGAGAAACUAGGCUAGUUCCAGCCUGUGUAUCUAGCUUGACUGAGCCAAACUUCUGCCAGGUUGCUUGUGGGCAAGAUAUCACAAUUGCUCUUACAACUUGUGGACGAGUUUAUACAAUGGGUAGUUCUUUUUAUGGGCAACGUGGUAAUCCUGAAGCAGAUGCAAAGCUUCCCACUUGUGUGGAAGGAAAGCUCCGUGAUAAUUUUGUUGAGGAGAUAGCAUGUGGAUCUUAUCAUACUGCAGUAUUGACUUCUAGAACUGAAGUCUACACAUGGGGAAAGGGAGCAAAUGGCCAACUAGGCCAUGGUGAUACCGAUGACCGCAAUAAACCCACACAUGUUGAAGCUUUGAAGGGAAAGCAUGUUAAGAAAAUUGUGUGUGGUCCAAAUUUUACUGCAGCAAUCUGCAUUCAUAAAAUGGUGUCCAGCGAUGAUCUUUCCAUAUGCUCUGGCUGUCGUCUUCCAUUUUCUUUCAGAAGAAAAUGUCAUAAUUGUUAUAACUGUGGUCUAGCAUUUUGCAAAUCAUGCAGCAGCAAAAAAUCUGUAAAAGCAGCUUUGGCACCAAGUAUUCACAAACCUUAUCGUGUAUGUGAUGAGUGUUAUACUAAGAUCAAGAAAAGCAUGGCUUCUGGAAUGCAUUCUCAAGUUCCUAAAUAUCCAAAUGGAGGUCAAAAUCAAAUGUCCAAUGAUAUGGCAGAAAAGGAAUCUGUGCGAUCCAGGCUUUCUUCCAUGGGCUCCUUUAAAGGUGAAACCAAGCCGAGGCAGAUCAAGAAAUCUGAACCAAGCAACAACCGAUCAUAUCCUGUCGUGAAUGAAAGGACUCACUGGGAAAGUGCUCGAAAUAUUCUCGUUGCAUCAUCAAGCAUAUCUUCUGCUUCUGUUCCUAGUUCAAGAAUGGCCUCUAGAUCAGCAUCCCCAGUGUCAAGUAUGCCAAGUCCAUCAACAUUUGAUUAUCCAAGGUCUCCUGAAGUGAUUGCUGAUUACUCAAAGAGAAUAAGUCACAGCAUGGACGGAGAAGUCGUUAGUUUGCACUUACAGGUAGAGGAUCUGAGACAUAAAUCUGAACUUUUGGAAGCUGAGCUAGAAAGCAAAACAAAGCAAUUCCGGGAAGCAACAUCAAUAGCUGAAGAAGAAACAGCAAGGAGCAAAGCUGCAAAAGAAGUAAUCAAGUCACUUACUGCCCAGUUGAAGGACAUGGCAGAGAGAGUAGCAGAAGGAUAUGUCAUCGAUGCUAAUGGGAUAUUAACAGAAGAAUUGGUCGAACAGGAUGAACCGGGAGUAUCUGUCACUCUCUCGUGGAAUCCUGAGGGUGAAAUUUCUCUCAAAAGAGUGUUUUUCAGUCGGAAAGAGUUCAAUGAGCGGCAAGCACAGAAUUGGUGGACCGAUAACAGACCAAGGCUUCAACAGAAGUACAAUUCUCAUGCUGGGCGAAGAUCCCCAGCUAACUCUUUUUCACUAACUGUUAGAAAGGAUGAAAUGGUCGAUUGAUAGUGAUGACACUUAUGACCUCUCCCAAACCCAUGGAUGUGAAAAUUUCUUCACUCCGGGUACCGCUGGCAGAAGCAAAUGUAUAUUUUGUACGCUGAGGAAUUUGAAUUGUCUCUGCUGGUUUAAAGUGAGGUGAAAUGUUCUUUUGUAAUCUACAGGUAACACGAAAUUUUUGCCAGAUGUUACUUGCAUUUUCUUUUUGGGCUGAGGCAGCGAGGCUUCAUACAGUUUCCUGUUUAGUAUUAGGUUGAAGUUUAAAUUUUGAAGAUGUCUGUAUGUUGUGAGCAA